AAGAGAAAUUCAGAGGGUCAAGAUGGAACCUGGGGCUCCCCAGUGGCCAUCUCAGCCAUGGGGGAGGCCCAAGGCACCGGAGAAGGACCCAGAUCGAGGGCUUUGGAGUGGACACCAUCGGCCCGUUCCUUACUCUCACCACAACGGAGAAAGGUUCUAUGAAUGGCAAGAUGUUCGCAGGAGUCCACAGCCACAGCAGGGCCCCAGAGCAGACUACCAGCAGCCCCGCUAUGCAUCCAGGCCUGGGGAUAGGCCUCAGCCUGGGUCUGGAGUCGACUACUAUGCAGGGGGUUAUCCCGCUCACUUAUACUCCAGGGUGGGCUACAAGGAUCCCUAUCAGAGAUACUACUCUCCAGCCCUGAGGGAUGAAUUUGCUUAUGCAAGUUAUUGCUACAGUGGGCGCCUGCAGCGGCAGCCGGAGGAAAGAGUGCCAAGGCAGGGGAGUCCUUAUGUCUGGCAUGAAGAUUAUGGAGAUCAGAAGUAUCUCAAUGAAUAUCAUCAUGAAAACCCAUAUAGUCCAUUUGGAACAAAUAAUGAGACCCAACUCUGCUCUACCAGCUGGAAUACUUAUAAAGACAGCCCUACUUCUGGCUCUGGACAUGAGCAGCCUGGGGAACUCCUUCCAGAGAACCUGCCAACAGGAGUCCCAAAGAAUAAGCCAUCAUGGACUAGCCAGUCCAGCCUUCUCCAGCAGCAUGAAUCUGGUCUCAGCUCCAGCAGCUGUGAGCUCAGUCAGUACAUGGCAGAUGGCUCUGAGGAGUGUGACCCUAGGACUUCAGCAGCUUGGAGUCCAGUUCAGGCUGGGGUUACCUCAGCAGUUGGUCCCAAGACACCCAAGAAGUUCUAUGUGCCUCAUGUGUCUGUGAGUUUUGGGCCAGGAGGUCAGCUGGUAUGUGUGUGUCCCAGCUCUCCCAUGGAUGGGCAGGCGGCCCUUGUUGAACUGCGUAGCAUGGAGGUAAUUCUUAAUGACUCUGAGGCCCAAGAGGAGAUGAGAAGUUUUUCAGGACCCCUGAUCAGCCAAGAUGUACACAAGGUGGAUAUCAUGACAUUUUGCCAGCAGAAAGCAGCUCAGAGCCUCAAAUCUGGGACACCAGGGAGCAGGGACUCGGCUCUACUUUGGCAACUAUUGGUUCUCCUUUGUCGCCAGAAUGGGUCCAUGGUGGGGUCUGACAUAGCUGAGCUGCUGAUGCAAGACUGCAAGAAACUGGAGAAAUACAAGCGACAGCCCCCCGUGGCCAACCUCAUCAGCCUGGCCGAUGAGGACUGGCCUGUGAUGAACACUGGGGCCCGCAACCUGCUCACUGGGGAGAUCCCCCCCGCUGUGGAGAUGCUGGAGCAGACUGUGGAGAAGUUCACCAAGCUGCUCUACUACGGAAGAAAGAAGGAAGCCUUGGAGUGGGCAACGAAGAACCACUUGUGGGGUCACGCUUUGUUCCUAUCCAGCAAGAUGGACCCAAGGUCCUACAACUGGGUCAUGAGUGGCUUCACCAGCACCCUGGCUCUCAACGACCCCCUGCAGACCCUCUUCCAGCUCAUGUCGGGGAGGAUUCCACAAGCAGCCACGUGCUGUGGGGACAACCAGUGGGGAGACUGGAGGCCCCACCUGGCAGUGAUUCUGUCAAAUCAGUCUGGGGACCCCGAGCUGCAUCAGCGUGCGAUUGUCACCAUGGGGGACACCCUGGCUGGGAAGGGGUUUGUGGAGGCUGCUCACUUCUGCUAUCUCAUGGCUCACGUGCCCUUUGGCCACUACACCGUGAAGACGGACCUUCUGGUCUUGCUGGGCAGUAGCCACAGUCAAGAAUUCUUGAAAUUUGCAGCCACCGAGCCUAUCCAGAGGACGGAAAUCUUUGAAUACUGCCAAAUGCUGGGCCGCCCCAGAUCUUUCAUUCCUUCUUUCCAGGUGUAUAAGCUCCUUUAUGCUUCCCGUCUGGCGGAUUAUGGCCUGGCAUCCCAGGCCUUGCAUUACUGUGAGGCUGUUGGCACAGCUGUCCUGAGCCAGGGAGAGAGCAGUCACCCUGUGCUAUUAGUGGAGCUCAUCAAGCUCGCAGAGAGGCUGAAGCUGUCAGAUCCUCUGGUUUUGGAAAGGCGCUGUGGGGACAGGGACCUGGAGCCGGACUGGCUAGGGCAAGUGCGGAGGCUGCGCCAGGAGCUUGAGCAAAAGGUAUCGGGAGACAUCGGGGAUCCUCAUUCUGCUCGCCCAGAUAUUUCCGGAGCCAAAGGAACAACAGAUACUUUCUACCAGGAUCUUUCAGGACGUCAGGCCUCUGGGUCCCAUUCAGCCCUGUGGCCAACUCCAGAGCAGACAGGUCCGACCCAGCCUGGCCCCCUAACCCUGCAACUGGGUCCCUACCCAGUGGACAGAGGUACUGGGCACACCGGGGUUCCAGUGCCUCUUUACUCAGUCCCUGAGACCUGCCCUCCAGCGACUGGUGAUGGCCACAGCAGUGUGGCAGUGAUGGAGGCUCCUGGAGGGAGGGCCUGGAAAGAGACACUGCAGAUGUCUGGCCCUGAAGAGAACACAAUGUCUCAAGAAGCCUCCCAGCAUUAUGAUGGUCAGAAUGUCAUUCCCAAACCUCAGGUACCGCUGGCUCCCAGAGCACGAACUUUCUCUGAGAAUUCUGGUGUCUCAGUCCAGGAGGAUGAGGAGGAGUCCACUGAUGAAGCAGAUAAAAAGCCGUCCUCAAGUGCUUCGCAGAGAGAAAAGUCAGGCGACCUGAAAGACAGCACAAAGAGCUCAGGAUUUGGCUGGUUCAGCUGGUUUAGAUCGAAGCCGUCCAACAGCCUGUCUGAGGAAGACUCCUUAUCAGACUGCACGGAUUCCGAGCAGACGUCGCCUCCCUGCCAGAACAGCCCGGACCUCUCACACAUGCUGCCUCUUGAGUCCCUAUCCCUGCCAGGUGGUGAUGAAAUCUCAGAAUCCCUGUCCAGUGGGGGCACAGCUGACAGCACUGGGAUUGGAGGGUUCUCGGGGCUUGAGAGUGUAUCUUCUGUAUCUUCUGAGCUCUACUCCAAACCUGGUGUCCUGCCUCCUCCGCCUUCCUUGGAAGGAGCAGUUCCUCUCUACAACCCAUCUCAGGUUCCUCGGCUACCAGCUACCAGCCUGAGUAGACCAAGCCGCCUAGCUCAGCACCGCUAUCCAACCCAGCCAUGCUGAGAACAACCACCCAUCCCAGACCUGUCUCCUGGAAUGCAGUUCCUAUAUUGCUCUCCUUUUCUUGAUCUCCCAUCCCCUCUCUCAUAUUCAGGCCCUAAAGAGUGUUGUAUUAGCCUGUUGCCUCCAGUGGAUAAUUGGAAGGUGAGGGAAUCGGACCUCUCAUGACUUAGCUGAAGCUUAACUUCAGAAUGACGGAAUUUAUUACAUUGGAUAGAAAGCUCGAGAGCAGUGGCAGAGAGAAGUGGGCAGAGUUAUGACAACAUCUCUUGAGAUGGCGGCGUGAGAGCCUCGAUUCCCAUGGUCAGAAUCAGUGACGAUGCCACCAACUCUGUAAGCGGGGCUCAGGGCGAUAUUCCGGACUAACUUUGACUCCUUUUUCAGUCUCAGUUAUGGCUCUAGUUAGCCAGGUUUUUAUACUGAAACUCGAUUAUUGCUGCCCUUCAAUGAUUCUCUCUUCAAUGACAUUUUAGCAAUUUUCUUCCUCAUCCUGGUUUUGUGCACAUUUUCUGUGCAGUUCAGAUUAAUUAUAUUUCUCUCACUUUCUUAGCUGGUCCUAUUUUUUCACAUUCUGGCAUCUGGCUAUCAAGUUAGAUUGCUGUAGGCAUCAUAUUGUCAUGGUAACUACUGAACCUGAUGAUGCAGAUGGAUGGAACAUCAGUGUAAUAAAUGGUGGGAAACAGUUCCUAAAAAUUCAUCCUUUCCAUAAAAAGGGAGGAAUGAGUGCCGGGUGUGGUUAAUAACUCCCUUUCUACCUCAGGCCUUUGCAAACUGAUGUUCAGAGGGUCACUGGAGCCAGAGGGAGGAGGGGGAUAUCUUGGAAAUUUCCAUUUCUCCGUGCAAACCAAAAAUAGGAAUGAUUCUUGCUGUUUGUCAGAUUUGCUGAAAAUUGCUCUUCACAAAGAACGCUUUUUGUAUGUGUAAUUGUACAUACAGGUUUUGCACUUUAAUGUACUAUGGUUCUGAUGUUGGCAGCGAUUAAAUCUAGAUAAUUU